AUGUCGUACAUCCAGAACUUCAUGGGCGCUUCGUACCCUAUUCACUCCGCCGCUGAGAUCAAGGAUGCCGUCACGCCCGCCAAGCCCCCGACGGGUGUGGACCUGUACGCUCGUUUCGCCCUGGCUGGUGCUAUUUGCUGUGGUGUGACGCACGGUGCCAUGACGCCUAUUGACGUCGUCAAGACCCGUAUCCAGCUCGAGCCUGCCGUGUACAACAAGGGCAUGUUCGGCAGCUUCAGCCAGAUCGUGCGUGCUGAGGGUGCUGGUGCUCUGCUCACCGGUUUCGGCCCUACCUGCUUGGGUUACUUCCUGCAGGGUGGUCUUAAGUUCGGUGGUUACGAGCUGUUCAAGAAGGUGAUUGUCGAGAACAUUGGUAUGAAGACGGCCCAGGAGAACCGCAUGAGCGUCUACCUCGCCGCCUCGGCCCUUGCCGAGUUUGUGGCUGACAUUGCUCUCUGCCCUCUGGAGGCCACGCGUAUUCGUCUCGUGUCGCAGCCCACGUUCGCUAGCGGUCUCGCUGGUGGUUUCGCUCGUAUUGCCCGUGAGGAGGGUGUUAUGGGCUUCUACGCCGGUUUCGGUCCUAUCCUGUUCAAGCAGGUGCCUUACAACAUGGCCAAGUUCGCUACGAUGGAGAUUGUGCUGGAGCAGGCCCUCAAGCUCUACGGCAAGAGCAAGUCGGAGCUUACUUCUACGGAGGCCCCUGUGUUCAACCUUGGCUCGGGUCUGAUUGCCGGUUUCGCUGCUGCCACGAUCUCGCAGCCUGCUGACACGCUGCUCUCGAAGGUAAACAAGACCAAGGCCGCGCCCGGUGAGACGACGGGUGGCCGUCUCUUCAAGCUGUCGAAGGAACUCGGUGUGCGUGGUCUCUUCACGGGUCUCAAGACGCGUCUUGUCAUGGUCGGUACCCUCACGGCCCUGCAGUUCAGUAUCUACGGUGAGAUCAAGAAGGCUCUCGGUGCCACCAACUCGGUCGAGAUCUCCAAGGCCUAA